AUGAAGCCUAGCAGGCGGGGGUUGGCACUAGUGCUGGUGCUCUUAGCGGCGCAUGCAGGCCUGGAUGAAGGGAAGGAGGAGGAGUCGAGCACAGGAACGCUCCCUCAUCCGAUCCCAGGUACAGCAAGGCCGUCGUGGAGGGGAGAUGAAGGAAGGUGUCCACAAGGUGGCGAGGAUCAGUCGUACGUUCCGACUCCUCGACCGUCGGCUAUGGUAGCAGAGAUGGAGUCCAUGCUCGUCGUCAGAACCAACACUCCCUACCCCUUCUGGUUCGCACUCCCGACCAGCGAGGCGAACCCAGGAUACCUCUCCAACUCUGCCAGGGACACGCGUGUCAUGAACCCGUCGGGGUCAGUCAUUAUGCACGCGCUGCUCGAAGCUCAGUGCCGCGUCAUGAAGGGGGGUCGAGCUCCCCUGGUUGUUGACGUCGGAGCGCAUGUGGGAUGGUUUACGAUGAUGGCUGCGUCAUAUGGGUGUCGGGUCCUUGCCAUCGAACCACAGCCGCAUGCUCACGUGUUCUUGAAUGCUUCCCUGCUGCUGAAUGGAUGGAAGGGCAGGAUUGAUGUGGUACAUGCUGCCGUCGGCGACAAGGGGGGUAGCGUGAAGAUGGUCAACAGGCAUGGUUGGGACAACUGGGAUGUCACUGAGAUGACAGACGUGGACGAUGAUGCGCCUGGUGAUGUUGUGCGACAAGUUCGACUGGAUGAUCUUGUUGACGACGACAUCCUACUGCUCAAAAUCGAUGCGGAGGGGGCGGAAGACCUGGUCAUGAGAUCGGCUUUGCGGAUCCUGGAGGGUCGAAAGAUAGAUUCGAUUCUUCUUGAGGCGAAGGGCAGCAGUGACGAAGCAAGAAAUGAAUUCAAGAAGGGGGUGUUCAAAGGGCUGGUGGAAAAAGGAUACACCGCAUAUGAGUUUUACGAAGAGGUUGGCCGAUCUGUGUUUUCGUGGAACCUGCAUGACCAUUUGUUUCCUCUCCAAAAAACUCUCUCUUUCGAGAAUUGGCCUUCUGAGCAAGUUUUCGAGGACCACCUUUUCGUGAGGCAGGAUCUUGACCUUCCCAAGCCAGGAACUGUUUCUAUACUCUUCCCCCCGAUGGACCACGUGUUCCGGGACCCUUCAAAGAUAGCUCUGGUCUUCGCUCUGUACAACUACACCAGCACGGACGGUUCUUUGAACAUCAGCAUCAACAAGAGAAGCUUGGUAGAGAAAAUCGUUCCAGGGUCAGGAAAUCAUGUUGGACGCGACGUCGAAUAUUUCACGCUGCUGCUGCCAGAAUUGCCGGAGGCCCAUCACUUCAUCACACAGGGCGAGGAGCUCCUGGAGAACGUGGGCUCGGAGGAUACAGUUCACUUCACUGUGAACCCGCGGGGAGCGAGCAUGUCUUCGGCGAUCGCCUGGCACUGCUCGAGGUUCUUAGACGAGUCUCAUUGCAGAUGA